AUGGCCAGCCAGCACGACUCAGCGAGCUGCCCAGAGCUCCUGAGGGAGCAACAGGCUCGCCUCGAUGCCGCCCGGGUCUUUGGCCAGGCCCAAACCAUCGCUGCCGACCAGCAGGGCGUUGCUGGCUUUGUCGACUUGGAGGCCGAGGAUCUCCCCUCGUCGACGGAGUUGAUGUCGGGUCAAGCAAUUGACUCGGCAACAAUCUUCGGAGAUGAGCUCACGGCACGCAAGUACCGUGAGGUCCUGUUGCCCACAACGGGGCAGCAGGAUGGGACGAUUCCUCGGACACCGGCGCAGAAGCGCGCCCACGUCCGAGUCCUGUUCAAGGCGUUCAAGUCAGUGCCUCAGAACAGUGAGGAGGGAGCAAAGAUGAAGGAAAAGUUCAUCAAGGAGGACCACAACAACCAUCUUGUGGAGGUGAUGUGUUGGGAGCUGUUGGAAGACUGCAUUCGGCGGGCAGGGACGACCGAGAAUUUGGUCGAGGCAUGGGAGCCAGGAAAGGCGAGAGGCAAGAACGAGCACUGGACAUUCGCGGAACGAUUCGACCACCUGGCCCAGGCCAUGGCAACAUCAAAGUCCAUCUGCAAGCACCUUUUUGACGUCCCAUUCCGCGUCAAGCUGGUCGAUGACCCCCUCCGCAGCUCGAAACGAGUUGCAUCCAACCGACUCCUGAACCAGAAGAAGGCCGAGUCUCUGAAGAGAGGAAGACAGGCAGAGAAGGAGGAUGAGAAGAGUGCCAAACGCUCCAAGAGAGAGCAGACCACAGGGGCGCAGGUAGACAACAACCUGGCUUCUCAGACCACUCAGCAACUGGCACCUCCUGCCACCCCACAGCCAAUGGCUACCCAGCGACGCCCGUUGGGCAUGCAGCAACCACAAACACCACAGAUGCAGCUCUCACCUGCCCCUAGAGCAGGAAGCAGGAGCACGAGUAUGCAGGACCCCAACAUGGGGCGAUUCCAGUCAAUGCAGGGGAGCCACACGACGGCAUUCAUACCCACAGGUCCCUCUGCACCACAACACUACUACCCCCAAGCCUUAAAUCAUGGCGCUCCUCACAGUCAGCCACCCAACUUUCCGUACCCCGGGUCAAUGCCAACAAUGCCUCAUCAGUGGAACCCGUACGGCAGGGUCAAUCUUGGUGCUGUAGGCCACGCACGUCUGUCGAUCGGGUCUCCUGCAGCCGAACCCACAGGAUCACUACCUCAAGCACAACUCUUUCCCCACCAGUUGCUAGCAUGGGCUCCCGACAGCUUGUUAGAUCCGAACGUCAACUUUCAGCGGGAUCUGCCGGUCGACCCGAAUAUGCCAGACGAAGAUCCUGAGUUCCACGAUGACUUUCCGCAACAGGGUUACUAUGACACAGCCCCCUCCAGCAUGCCUCAAGGCCGUACAAACUCCAGUGGCUCCACCCAAUCUGAGGGCGAUUACCAGACCAACCCCCAGACCAACUCCAACCCUUGA